AUGCGCAUUCAACUGCUAAUCUGGUCGGAAAUUGAAGGCUCCAAUGAACUUUAUUCUUUUAUUUCUCGAAAAACCAUGGUAGAGAGUGCGACACAUAGUUUUUGGCUUUAUAGGUCGAAUUUGAAGCGAUCUUCACAUAGUUUGAGCGAUAGCGGUACAGACAUGGCUGAAGAUACUAUGAUUACCACGCCGUUAACAGUCAUAAAGGACGCGGAAAUGAUGUGUACAAAUGUGAUUGAGGAUAACAACAACGUCGACCGGAUGAAAAAGGUGACUAUUCCGACACCAUUCAGUUUUCGAUUCAAGCAAAUGUAG